ACAAAAACAAUCCGAGCGCCUUAUCUAAUUACUUUGUUAAUUUACAUUUUCUAUUUAAACACAACUAUCGCUGCGUAACGAUGUGAUCUUAUUGUUAACAAGGGAAUUAAGGGGCAGUUUAUAAAAGACAUGUCGUCCACAACGAACUGAGACCAGUCGAAAUGUGCAUACUGUUUGUGUACGUUGACCCGAAACCGCAGCAGAACGGUUAUAGAUUAAUAGUCGCCUCGAACAGGGACGAAUACUACAAGAGACCGGCGAAAAAUGCGCACCACUGUCCGAAGUCCGGCGUCAUUGGAGGCAGGGACAUGGAGCCCGGCCGUGAGGGAGGCAUGUGGCUGGGCCUGAAAGCGGACCAGUCCACCAGCACCCUGAAAUUCGCAGCUCUGCUCAACAUAACGGGGGAAAAGCUGCCGCAGGCGAGCGGCAGAGGUGUUCUCGUCAAUGACUACUUGGAAAACGACAUUGGGGCUGAAAAGUACCUCAGACAAUUGAAAGACGAGACGAAAACCUUCAACGGUUAUAACUUUGUCGCGGCUGAGCUGAGUAAAGAUGAGGGAAAUGUUUAUCUGCACAGCAAUACGCCAGUUAUAACCGCCAGCUUUUCUGGUAGACAGUACUUGGGCUUUGGAAACAGUCCCGUUAACGCCCCGCUAACGAAAGUUUGCAAGGGCAGGCGUCUGUUUCAAGACAUCGUCGAAACGAACGCCAACAAGAAAGAACUGAUCCAACAACUGAUCAACUUGUUAAAGAGUGAGGUAAGUUGCCUUCCGGACGAUGAACUGGAACGGAGGGCUCCUAUUGCUUACAAGUACUUGAGCUCCAACUUCGUUAAGAUCGACGAUCAAUAUGGCACAAGAGCUCACACCAUUAUCUUGGUGGACUACAAUUGGAACGUAGAGUUUGUGGAACAAGCCCUGGAACAACCAAUCGACGCCAACAACCCAAAAUGGAUUGAAAGCACCAUCAAAUCCAGCCUGUAAAUAAUUGUUAUUAAUUAAGUUAAUAAAACCUCAUGAAAUUUUA